AUGGGUUUUGGCCUCGACGACCCUGGAUCAGGAUAUUGUUACUCUCCCCUCCAUCGACUGAUCGCACCAAAGACCCCUCCUUCGCCGGCUUUCCAGCCUAUUCCUACCAUCUACUCGGCACCACUGCGAUAUCCUGAAUUGGUCACCCUGGCAAACGACUAUACCAUGUCUUGGCAACCUGCCCCCGAGUCCUUGAGGCAGCUUGCCUCGUGCCUCAAGGACUCUCUCAGCGGCUUCGAUAAGAAUGCGCAGAAACAGGCCGAGCUUAUGCUCAAGCAAGCGAAAAGCUCGCCUGAUAUCAAUAACUAUCUCGCCUAUAUUCUCUCCAGCCCCGAGCCCCCCGAGGGAGUCGCCUUUUCCCAGCCCGAAUAUCAUCUUGUGCGCUCCGCCGCUGGCAUCAUGCUCAAGAAUAACCUCAAGUCGGAUUGGAAAUCUAUUCCCGAGUCAAGUCUGCAGCUCAUCAAGCUCGCGAUACCCAUUGCUCUGCAAGACAAAAACCCCCAAAUCCGCAACUUUGCCGGCAACGUCACGACCGAAAUCGUCCAGAGGGGUGGCUUGCUGGGCUGGCCGGAACUGCUUCCCCAGUUGAUUGAGACUCUUGGAAAUGUCUCUGGACAGGUUACCAACGAGGCCCAGGAAGGCGCCAUGUCCGCCAUGUCCAAGAUUUGUGAAGACAACACCCGCAUGCUCACCCGGGAAGUCAAUGGCCAGCGACCACUCAACUAUAUCCUCCCGCAGCUCAUUGCUGCCACCAAGAGCCCGCUCCCCAAGGUCCGGAUCGGCGCUCUGACAGCUAUCAAUGUUUUUACCCCGCGCGACUCGCAAGCGAUGAACAACUCCGUCGAUGACCUCCUCCAGCAUCUAUUUACUCUCGCCAACGACGAAAACCCCGAUGUCCGCAGACAAGUUUGCCGUUCUUUUGUGUCGCUGGUGGACCGCCGCCCUGAGAAGCUCAUCCCUCACAUGGCUGGCUUGGUUGACUACACGAUCCGCCAGCAAAGGAGCGAUGAUGAAGACCUCUCCUGCGAAGCGGCUGAGUUUUGGCUCACGGUCGGUGAGCACGAAGAUUUGUGGCAACAUCUCCGACCCUUCAUCGAACAAAUUAUCCCUCUGCUUCUCGAGUACAUGGUAUACAGCGGAGAGGAUAUUGCACUUCUCGGCGGUCAGUCCGAUGACGAGAACGAGGAGGAUCGAGCAGAAGACAUCAAGCCAGCCUUUGCAAAGAAGGCUCUGACUCGCACUCUCAACGGCGACGGCACCAUGACACCUAAUUCUGCUAAAGAUGGAUACAAUACCCUGCCAGAAAUGGAAGACGAUCUGGAAGACGGAGAGGUUGAUGACGGCGACGAGGACGACGGCGAUGAUAACCCUGACCAGCGAUGGACGGUCCGAAAGUGCUCCGCAGCUGCGCUUGAUGUGUUUGCGCGCAACUUUGGAGGACCCGUUUUCGAAUUUAUUCUGCCUUACCUAGAACGAAACCUCAAGCACGAGGACUGGCCUCAGCGUGAAGCUGCUGUAUUGGCGCUGGGCGCCGUUGCCGAAGGAUGCGAGAGCGCUAUUCUGCCCCAUUUGCCGAUGCUGGUGCCGUACCUUAUUUCUCUUCUGACCGAUCCCGAACCGGUCAUCCGCACCAUCACCUGCUGGACCCUCGGCCGUUACUCUGGCUGGGCGGCGGCGCUGCCAGACGCGGAGCGAGAGCAGUUCUUCCUGCCACUGAUGGAUGGCAUUUUACAAAAGAUGCUCGAUCGGAACAAGAAGGUGCAAGAGGCCGGUGCUUCGGCGUUUGCCAACGUGGAGGAGCGCGCUGGUAAGGCCUUGAUCCCUUUCACGGAGCCCAUCGUCAAGCAAUUUGUCAUUUGCUUCCAAAAAUACAAGGACCGCAACAUGUACAUUUUGUAUGACUGUGUGCAGACCCUUGCAGAGCAAGUCGGCCCGACGCUUGCGACCCCUCAAAUUGCCAAGCAGCUGUUGGAUGCGCUUCUGGGACGGUACAGUAUACUCAACGACGAGUCUCGCGAAAUAUUCCCGCUGCUCGAGUGUCUGUCUUACGUCGCUCUUGCCAUGGAUACGGCAUUUGCUCCGUACGCUAGUCCCAUCUUCCAGCGUUGCAUCAACAUCAUACACAACAACCUGGAACAAUCUUUGGCCUCGGUGACCAACACUUCGAUUGACGCUCCAGACAAGGACUUCUUAGUCACGAGUUUGGAUCUUCUGAGCGCCAUUAUCCAAGCUUUGAGUCCCGAGCAAGCUACGCAGUUGGUCAACAACUCACCGCAGCCCUUGUUUGAGCUGCUGAGCUUCUGUAUGGAGGAUCCUACAGAUGAGGUGCGCCAGUCGGCUUACGCGCUGCUUGGCGAUUGCUCCAAGUUUCUCUUCCCACUUUUGGAACCGCACCUGCCCAAGCUCUUGCCGUUCCUCGUCAAGCAGCUGGACAUGGACGAGAUCUUGGACGAAGAAAUCGAAAGCGGAUUUGGAGUCGUCAACAACGCCUGCUGGUCUGCAGGCGAAAUAGCUGUGCGUUAUGGCGAUGGCAUGAAGCCCUUUGUGCAAGAUUUAUUGACCAGGUUUGUGGAAAUGAUGGAGAACCCACGCGUGCCCCGUGGUUUGGCAGAGAAUGCUGCGACUGCCCUCGGUCGACUUGGCCAGAACAAUGCCCACAUCAUGGCCCGUGGUCUAGGAAGCUACGCCGGUCUGUACCUUCAAGUGAUGGAGGAUGUCGUCACGAUGGACGAGAAGGCCUCGGCGAUGAAGGGGUUCACCGCCAUUGUGCGAGAGAAUCCACAGGCCAUGGAGCCAGUCCUACUCGAGUACUUUGGCACUAUUGCCAACUACAACAUGGAUUUGCAAAACCCCCUGAAGCAGCAACUCCACGCUGCUUUCCAAGACAUUCUGAGCAUCUACAAGGCAAACAUUCCCCAGUUUGAUAGGUUCAUCGCACAGCUGAACGCCCCUUCUCAAGAAAAUCUGAGGGCGAGAUAUACGCUCUAA